AUGAUUAUCAGAACUCCACCGGCGAGGAAGAGAAGGGCGGAUUCACGGCCGCCGGAUGAUGAUGAUAAUAAUAAUAAUACUCAGAGCCGAAGCUCCGAUAAGCAGCUGUUGGUGUACGAAGAUCUUCCGGCGCCAGAGUAUUUUCAUGGCUAUUCAAUCCCCACCACAUCGGACCACAUGCUGUGCACCUACCAAUGCCGUCAAAUGGUGAAAUCCGAGUUCUUUGAUGCCUUAAGCAGUGCAGAAAAGCAAGCGCAUGAUUAUCAAUCUAAAUUUGAAGCUCUGAAUGAAGAUUUCUCGAAAGCAGAUGCUGAGAGAAAGAAAAUACGAGAUAAACUAUUUAAUGCUGAGCAAGAACUAGCUGCUGCUAAAGGACGUGAACAUGCAUUGCAAGAGCAACGGAACAAGGAGAUUGAUUUUUCACAAGAACAGCUCAAGAAACAGAUGCAAUCCUUUUGUGAUCUAGAGGUAAAGUUCUUUAAUGAGAUGGAUCUUCGAAAAAAAGCCGAGUCAUUAGCAGCCAAAGCUGAAGAUAAAGCAAGCCAUGUAGAGGAAAAUCUACGCACUUUAUCAGAAAGCAUAGCUAGGGAAAAGAGUUCGCUUCAGAAUGAGCUUGUUCACAUGCAAAGUGAAUCAAAGCUUUCAAUUUCUAGAAUAAGUGCCGAUCUUGAGAAGAUGGAAUGUAGAGCUCAAAAUGCAGAAAAAGAGUCAGCUUUAUUGAAAGAGCAUUUGGAUAAACUUAAAAACCAACUGGAUGAGUGCAAGCAUGAGAAGUUUGAGGUAGAGAAAAAGUUAUCAGCCAAAUCUCUGGAAAUUCCUUCUAACGACGCUAAUUUGUUGGUAAAGCAUUUGCGAGAAGAACUGAAGAGUUAUGAGUCUGAGGUGCGUGAAGCAAGAAAAAUAAAAGCUGCUCAUGAAGACGUUCAGCUGUUGAAAGAAAAGUUACAUGAAGAAAUAAAACGCAGGGAGCGGGCUGAGUUUGAUCUAUUUAAAUUAGCUGAUCUCCAGUUAAAUGUGAAAAAAUUGGAAGAUGAGCUGUCUACCUGGACAUCAGUGGUUAAUGAAAUUCCUGGUGUGUCAUCUGCAGAUGAUAUACCUACCAAAUUUGCAGCUUUACAGAAAGAGGUGGUUGAUAGUAUGAUGAGAGCGGGCGAGGCCCAAGCAUGUGCCAAAGAACUUCAAGUGGCUAUUGAUUCAGCAGUGCUCAGUAAACAAAAUGCAGAAACUGAGGCCACGAUGUUGAAAGAGAAGGCAGAGUCAUAUAAAGCUGAAAUCAAAAGGCUGGAAUUGAAGCUCAGUAUGACUACUGAGGAAAGAGAUCACUUGGAAAAUGUUGUUAAAGAAUUAAAAGAACACAAGAACCUUGGCAGUGGAACUGACUUAGUCAGUGGAACUAUUAUUCAGGAGCUCGAAGCAUCUCAUGCAAAGAAGGAAAAUUAUCUCAGAGAACUGGAGAACAGUUUAGUAGAGAAAACGGAAACCUAUGGUCGACAGCAAAAUGAAAUUAAGUUGCUAAAUGAGACGUUAACAAAUGAAGCAAGACGAGUAAAGAUGUUAGAGCGCGAAGGUGAUCGCCUUCGUUCUGAGAUAUCUUUGUUGGAGUCUAAGCUAGGGCAUGGGGAUUUUUCUUCUGCUAACACGAAAGUUCUGCGGAUGGUUAACACCCUAGCAGUUGACAACGAGACAAAACAGACAAUUGAGGCUCUGCAAGAUGAGUUGCAGAAGACAAAAGAACAGUUGCAGGCUGUUGAGGAACUUAAGAAACAGUCGUCUGAUGCUGGCACUCAUGUUGACUCCUACAUUGCUGGGAAAAUUAAGCAGUUGAAAGAGCAAAUUGCAACACUUGAAAAGCGUGAGGAGAGAUACAAGACAGUUUUUGCAGAAAGAAUCUCUGUUUUCCGGAGGGCCUGCUGCGAACUAUUUGGUUACAAGAUUGUUAUGGAUGACCAUCAGCGCCCAGAUGGAAUCCCCGUCACACGAUUUACUCUUCAUUCUAUAUAUGCCUUGAGUGAUGAUGAAAAGCUUCAAUUUGAGUAUGAAUCUGGGAACACUAGUAUUGUGGUAAGCUGCUCAGGCAAACAAAUUGAAAUUGAUAUAUUUAUCAGGAAGAUGAAUUCGAUUCCUGCAUUCACAGCUAAUCUGACAGUAGAAUCUUUCAACAAGCGUACGCUCUCAUGA